AUGUUACUCUUGACAUUGUAUUCUGUAUUAAUCCUUUCAUGUCAUGCUGGUAUUCUACCAACGGGAACACAAAAUGAUCAUAAAUCACGUGUACUUGAUUUACCAUUAAGUCAACAAGAACAUUAUGCUGAUUUGAAUAAAGAUCAAACAGUAGAACACAAUACAGCUUAUGAUCAUGAAGCAUUUUUAGGUACUGAAGAAGCAAAAAAAUUUGAAAAAUUAACCGUUGAAGAAAGCAAAAAACGUCUUGGUGCUCUAUUUGAUCGUAUUGAUAAAGAUCAUAAUGGUACAAUAACAAAACAAGAAUUAAAAGAUUGGAUAAAAUCUGUUCAAACACGUUAUAUAACUGAUGAUGUUGAACGACAAUGGAAACAAAUGAAUAAUGAUUCAAAUAAUGAAAUCUCAUGGGAUGAAUACGAUAAAACAACAUAUUAUGCUUUAUAUGAUAAUACUCAAAAAUCGGACAAAAUAACAGAACAAUUUCUUCGAUUACAAAAGAAAGAUCGACGAAGAUUUACUAAAGCCGAUGAAGAUGGUAAUGGAAGUUUAAAUAAAAAUGAAUUUGCUGAUUUUAUUCAUCCAGAACAAAGUCUUCGUAUGAAAGAUCUUGUUAUAACAGAAACAAUUGAAGAUAUAGAUAAAAAUAAAGAUGGAUUUAUAUCACUUGAAGAAUUUCUUAAUGAUAUGUGGGAUAGUACUGAAAAUACUAAUACAACUGAACCUGAUUGGGUACAAAUAGAACGAGAAAAUUUUCUUAAUUAUCGUGAUCUUGAUCAUGAUGGAAAAUUAAAUCGAAAAGAAGUUGAAUCAUGGUUAAUGCCAGUUGAUUAUGAUAAUAUUGAAGCUGAAACUUCACAUUUAUUUCGUGAAGCGGAUAAAAAUCAAGAUAAUCAAUUAACAAAAGCUGAAAUUCUUGAUAAACAUGAUGUUUUUGUUGGUAGUCAAGCAACUGAUUGGGGUGCUGAAUUAAAAGUUCAUCAAGAUCUUUAA